UGGAAGUAAGAUUCGAUGAUCAGCUGAAACGGUUGGGAGAUGAACAGACACGGUUGGAAGACAGAUAUGAUGAUCUGGUGGAUAAAUAUUCUAAACUGCUACAGAUGACAACAGAUUUGCAAGAGAAAUUCGCAAACUUCACUGCAGAAAAGCCAGGUGCAAGUGUUCGGGACUGCGCUGAUUUGUACAAGGACGGCGAGACGUUGAACGGGGUGUAUACCAUAACACCAGAUGACAGUCGGAGUCCAUUUAACGUCUACUGUGACAUGACCACUGACGGUGGAGGAUGGACGGUGUUCCAGAAGCGUGAGGACGGUUCUGUGGACUUCUAUCGUCCCUGGGACGAUUAUAAGCAAGGAUUCGGAGAAAUGGGCGGGGAACACUGGUUAGGACUUGAAAAUAUCUUCACCAUCACUUGGCUAAAGCGGUUCAGGCUGCGUGUUGAAAGGGAAGACGCGGAUGGUGCUUGGCGAAGGAAAGAACAAAUUCACACCAUCACUAACCAAAGCCGAUACGAGCUGCGUGUUGAUAUGAAAGAUGCGAAUGGUGUUUGGCGCUACGCCCGUUACGACAACUUUGCUAUCGCGUCAGAGAAAGAUAACUACAAGUUGACUGUCGGCGCUUACUCUGGGAACGCAGGGAAUUCACUGGGCCCUCUCAAUGGUCAACCAUUUAGCACAAAGGACAGGGAUAACGAUGCUAGUCCAGGGAAUUGUGCACAGAAAUUAAAGGGAGCCUGGUGGUAUAAAAGUUGCCACGCAUCCAAUCUGAACGGCCUCUACCACCUGGGUGAUCGCAGCUCGUCUGCUGAUGGCGUCAACUGGGGUGCAUUUAGAGGACACAAACACUCCCUGAAGACAACGGAGAUGAAACUUCGUCCCGUUGGCUUUAAAUCUAGCCCUGUCAGUAGUGGCUAAUAAGGAGAUGUUAUUG